AAAGAGCUGUGAGAGAAGAUCAGAUUGGAGAAGGGCUAGAUGGCAGAGCAGCAUGAAAUGAGCAGGUACACAGAAGAUGGGCCAGUUCGCUAUGAAAUGCUGUUUAGGAUGGAUAAUUAUCGCUGAUUGGAGUGUAAAGCGAGACGGUAAUUAGAGACCUGCCACUGGUACAUCACGACAGCAGCAGUGUUACCAUGGAGACUGGCAAGCCAGGAUUGGCGAGUGCUCCGGUGCACAUCAGCUCCGUCGCAGCGCAGGCAGAAAAAAAGAUGGACAUCCAGGCUCCUCUGACGGCUGUUUACAUCCACACGGUGCCUGCUCUGCCAGCGCAGCAUUACCCUCAGCAGCCUGCGGCUGCCCCGGAACCAGCCACACUCCAUCUGGCCAUGCCGCCACUCUACUCCAAGGAGACACUUCCCUUCCUCACACUCCAUAUUGCUGGUGGGUUGCAGUCUCAGCCAGGAUUGAGUCUGGCAGCUGCUGCUCCUGCAGCCAGACCCAAAUCUGCAGGAAAGCACGUGUGUCCUCACUGCGGACGGGACUGCAUGAAGCCCAGUGUGCUGGAGAAGCAUCUGCGCUGCCACACCGGGGAGCGGCCUUACCCCUGCACCACUUGUGGAGUUUCAUUUAAGACUCAGAGCAACCUCUACAAACACAGACGUACCCAGGCGCAUGCUCGUCUUUCAUCAGAAUCAGAGCAGAGCAGCCUAGACAGCAUGUCCAGCUCAAGGGAGACUUGCACUUCCAGUUUGUCUCUGGAGGAGUGCAGUGAAGAGUCAGGCAGCAUGGAGAAGGACUCCCCACUAGCUGCUGCUGAAAGCACCAGUCCAGCUCGUACUACAAAGGUUUGCUCUGUAAAGACACAAAGUUCUCAGAAUGAAGAGAAUGAGCCUACCCUCGCAGGUCAAAACUCAGAACCAAAUAAAAGCGAAACGGUAAUAAAGGAAAGUGAAAAGCUUCCCUUGACUGUUAGUAGACAUCUUCCCCUACAGAGACAAGAAGCUUUCCCACUAUUUUCCAAACAGUGGGAAAGCUCAGUGUCUAGAGGGAAAUCACAGAAUCAUGAGAGCACAGACUCUGGCUUCAGCGAGACUAGUGACCACUAUCCAAGUCAAGUUUUACUUGAUCACAGUAUGGAUUCUUUUGCCGAAUCUACCAAGGAGCAUCUCGAAGAACCCACCAGCAGACGCACACCUAUAGAAUCAGAUCAUGGCAGACUGGAGCCCAAAGACUCUGCCAAAGAGCAGGAGCAGAAGAGCCUGGAAGAGCGCAUAUCUAAGCUGAUAUCAGAUAAUACAGCUGUUGUGGAGGACAAACAGCUGGAGAAUGUAAGGCCACGGAAGACAGUUCUAUCAAAGCAGGGAAGUAUUGACCUUCCCAUGCCAUACACGUACAAGGACUCAUUUCACUUUGACAUGAGAAUAGGUCAGACUCAGAAUUUUCUUUCACAAAGGAACAAGAAGCCAGGGUUAUACAGUUCUGUGCCCACUCAGCGCUCCACCAUGGAGCAUACCCCCUUGACCCGCAGCAAUUCCCUCCCCUUCAGUGUCACCCUUCUGCAGCCUGAGAGGAGCAGCCCAACCUCCUCCAAUCAGAGAGAUUAUGUAACACUAGUCCGGAGGGGAAGUUCUGGCCAGAUCAACCCAACAGGUUUCACGAUGAAGCCUGUGAACCAGCAAUCAUCCACCCACCGCCCACUGGUCCGGCAGACAGCCGUAGACUGCAACCACGCAACAGACGGUCUCACCAGGAAUUCAUCUGUGGAGGAGGCGUGCACCGGCAGCCUCAGUUGUGACGGGGAUGGUGGUGACAUUUGUGGAGAACCAAGCAACAGAAAGUUCCGGAGGAAGAAAGCACAGAAGUUCGCCUACAACAAGUGGUACAUGUAUGGGGGUGGAACAUUUAAAAAGCUAUACAAUGCUGAGAAAAGCAGUGAUAACAGUGUUAUCAAAGCCAGGAAAUGUUCAGCAAACCCUGAGCAUGAGGUUGUUCAGGCUCUGCAGAAAAGGGCACCAUUGGCAGUAACAAGAACAGUUUCAACAAUAAACCUCACAAGCAACAGUACCGCAGCUGGGCCUCCUGCCAAUCUCUCCGCUCCAGAGGAAUCUGUCUUUGUCAGUACUGCCAUUACCUUCUAUCGGAUCCCUGGUUGGUCCCAAAACAGACUCUGUGAACAGAUCAGAAGCUGGAAGAUUGAUGAAUAA